AUGCUACAAGUGGAUCCAAAUCUUCAACAGAAACAGACAAUUGUACCAUUUACACCGUACGAAUGGAAAUACGUACGUCAAUUAUUCCGAAGCCGUCGACUAGCGGAUGUCAAGGAAUGUGUCAUCAUUCUGUCCACGUGGAUGUCUAGAAGUGAGAAUAACAUUGUGGCGAUUUCUUGCAGUCAUGUUCUUCUGCAGGCAAUUUACGCCGAUCUUUUGGCUCAGGGAAUGCCAGAGUCGGAAUAUUAUAUGGCAAUCGACGAUAUCCGAAUGAAACAUGGAUACGCAAUUGUUAGGUAA